AUGGACACGAACGCAUCCGCCGGGCCAAGCAGGCCCCGCGCACCCCAUCCCACCCACCGACCCAAUAAGUUGCGGCCGCCUGCGCCGCCUGCGCCGCCUGCUCAGUCGAAACAGACAUUGCCUACCAAGAUGCUCCUGGGUCAGGGGUUGCGGCGGACGGAUACGCAGCGGCCGGGGUUUGGGCGGGAGACAAUCUUUGUCACGCGCAAGACGAGUUUGGGGAGUCUGUUGGGGCGCGCGCGCGGCCUGGUGUUGGAUGAAGGACUCUCCCACAUCACGCUGUACGCGCUCGGUGCAGCCAUCCCACACGCUCUGCUGCUGCUCCACGCGCUCCUCGACGUGCUGCCGUACCCCGCCGGCCCAAAUGGCGUGUGGUACGAAAUGGAGACCGGGAGCGUUGUGUGCACAGACGAGGUGAACGGCGAAACAGAGGACGAUUUACUUGGCCUAGGAGCAGUGGAGGAGGACAUGCCCGAAUUGCGAGACCGAACCAAGUCGUCUCUGCGUAUCGAGGUUCAUGUUUCGCCAAAGGACGCGCCUGUCGUCAUCCCUGCACAGGCACAGCGGAAAAAAGCCACGCCGCGGGGCACGAUGGAGGCGCCUAUUCGAAACCGGGGGCACAACAAGCGGCGCGCGCGGUCCAAGGCCGCUGUGCGUGCGGCGCGACGUGAUGCGGCUGCAGCCGCUAAUGAGGAGGACGCGAUGAAUGGAUAA